AUGGACGCUAACCGUGACUCCAGCCUCGCCACCGACGACGAGCUCCUCCAAGCGCAGGCCGAGCUGUGGAACCACGUCUUCGCGUACACCAAGUCUAUGUCCCUCCGGUGCGCCGUCGAGCUCGGCAUCCCCGACGCCGUCCACCGCCGCGGCGGCUCCAUCACCGUGCCCGACCUCGUCGCCGAGCUCUCCCUGCCCCCCUCCAGGACGCCCUACCUGCGCCGCCUCAUGCGUCUGCUCGCGCACGCCGGUUUCUUCGACGCCGGGCCAGCGCCAGACACCUACGGGCUCACCCUGCUCUCGCGCCUCCUCGUCUCGGCGCCCGGCGCGGGGCAGGGCCUCUCGCCGUUCGCGCUCGCCAUGCUGCACCCGAUCAUCGUGUCCCCGUCCAUGUCGCUGGCGGCGUGGUUCCGCGCGUCCGACGACGCGGCGCGCGUGCCGUUCGCGACCGCGCACGGCGGGCGCGAGUUCUACGCGGUGGCGAAGGAGAACCCGGAGUUCGGCGCGGCGUUCAACGAGGCCAUGGCGUGCGACGGCCGCUUCGUGAUGGACCUGAUCGUGCGCGGCCACGGGCAAGACCUGUUCCGGGGGCUCGCCUCGCUGGUGGACGUCGGCGGCGGGUCCGGCGGCGCCGCCAGGGCCAUCGCCGCCGCGUUCCCCCAGGUCAAGUGCAGCGUCCUGGAGCUGCCGCACGUCGUCGCGAGCGUCCCGCCGGGCGACGGGGGCGUGGAGUUCGUCGCCGGGGACAUGUUCGAGCGCGUCCCGAAGGCCGACGCCGUCCUCCUCAAGUGGAUUUUGCACGGGUGGGGGGACGAGGAGUGCGUGAAGAUACUGCGGCGGUGCAGGGAGGCGGUGCCGGCCGGCGGCAGGGUGAUCGUGAUGGACCUGGUGGUGGGGUCGAGCCCGGCGGACGCGAGGGCCACGGAGACGCAGCUGCUGUGGGACGUGAUGAUGAUGGGAGUGGUGGGGAGCCCGGAGCGGGACGAGCGCGAGUGGCGCAAGAUAUUCGACGACGCGGGAUUCAGCGGCUACAAGAUCCUGGCCAUCCUCGGGAUCCGGUCGGUGAUCGAGGUGUACCCUUAG